AGAGACCCACACUCUGCUCCACACAGACAGGACGAGCAGGGUUGGCAUAUAGACGCACAGAGACCCACACUCUGCUCCACACAGACAGGACGAGCAGGGUUGGCAUAUAGACGCACAGAGACCCACACUCUGCUCCACACAGACAGGACGAGCAGGGUUGGCAUAUAGACGCACAGAGACCCACACUCUGCUCCACACAGACAGGACGCUGUUUUCUAUAACUGGACUGAAAACAGCUUACAGAAAGCAACAUUGCAGAUCAUUGGAAGUCAGUAACGUUAGUGACUCCUAGAGAGUUGCAUGUGGAACUGUUGUUUACGUGCGGAAGCAUCUUUAGGUUUAGGGGCCAAUUUUGCUUUGAAGUUUGCUCUCUUUUUUAAAAAUCUUACCUUGAAGGCAUCACUGAGAUAAGUCAUUAUUGAUACGGUGAGCAGAGCUAGCUCACUCUAAAGGAGAAUACACAUUUGGGGUAGCCAUUUGGGCUAGCCUCUUGACUUUUUGGCCACCAUGUGGGAGUUCCGGUCCAUGUCGUUCUGGCGGGCGGUGUUCGCUGAGUUCUAUGGCACCAUGUUCUUUGUGUUCUUCGGUCUGGGGGCGGCUCUGCGCUGGACCACCGGGUCCCACAACGUUCUCCACGUGGCUUUCUGCUUCGGCCUGGCCGCUGCCACCCUCAUCCAGUCCAUCGGUCACAUCAGUGGUGGACACAUCAACCCGGCUGUCACCUUUGCCUACUUGAUUGGCUCCCAGAUGUCCCUGUUCCGCGCUGUCUUCUACAUCGUGGCCCAGUGUCUGGGGGCGCUGGCUGGGGCCGCUGUGCUCUACUCGGUCACCCCCAACAACAUGAGGGGCAACCUGGCACUCAACAUGCUGCAGCCAGGUAUCAGCCUGGGCAUGGCCACCACUGUGGAGGUGUUCCUCACCCUGCAGCUGGUUGUCUGCAUCUUCGCUGUGACCGACGAGAGGCGUAACGGACGCCUGGGCUCUGCCGCCCUGGCCAUCGGCUUCUCUGUUCUCAUAGGACAUCUGUUGGGGAUGUACUAUACUGGUACUGGAAUGAACCCUGCCAGGUCCUUCGCCCCCGCUGUGCUGGUCAGAAAAUUUGUCAACCACUGGGUGUACUGGGUGGGUCCGAUGAUUGGCGGUGCUAUGGGAGCUAUUAUCUAUGAUUUCAUGCUGUUCCCCCGCAUGCGCAGUCUCUCUGAGAGGAUGGCCAUCCUGAAGGGUACCAGGCCCCCAGAGGCUGAGAGCCAGCAAGACGCCAGAGGAGAGCCCAUCGAGCUCAAGACUCAGGCCCUAUAAGCCUGGUGAAAAAGGUUGGCUUUCUGAACUCCAUACUCCCCUAUUCUGUACACAAACCUCCUCCGAACCCUCAACCCUACCCAACACACAUACACACACAUUUCUCUUCCUCUCUAACCCACACACCCACAUAGUACACACAGACCACCACGACAACUCCACCUUUCUCACCCUCCUCAUCCUUACUCUGCUGAUCCAGAAACAGUACAUGCUGAAUUACUGGGCAGCCAAAGCUCUAACCCUCCUCCGACCUGUGAACUAUGACCCCCUCCCCUCCUUGGACUGCAGGACAAUAAUGGAGGGUAAGAAGAGGACUUAGUGGCCACUGAAGAAAGCACCCUGUGCGGCCUGUUGUGUAGGGAGUGGGUCAGUCCUGGCUGACCAGGUGGCUGUAACUGCUCAGGACAGGGGCAUCUCUCGCUCUUCUUUUCUAUCUAUAUUUUGUAGUCUGCUAGGAGUGUAGCUACAGUAGAGCAGUGAACUUCAUGCUUUUUCCAUUUUUUUAUGAAACUUCUGGUACCUGAUGUGUAUGUUAUUAUUAUGCCCUUGAAGA